GUGCUAUAGUAUACCUACUGUACGUUGAACAUUACACCACUUUUUUGAUCACGAGUGGAGUGAAGUGAAAAUUUGCGAAGGCGGUCAAAUGAUAAAGAUGCAAAAGACUAUUCUUAUCUGUAUAUUCAUCAUGGUACUACUGUGUACAUGGAUCGUCGCGGGUACUAAGAAAUAUCCCGUAUGCUGCCCGGGAGAGUCUUGGAAGGAUGACUGCAACACGUGCUGGUGCAAUGAAUUUGGAAACGACUCAAUGUGCACUCUAAUGGCAUGCGCGGAGUAAGGGGAUGGUGAUCUGGAAUACAAUCAUCAAAAUAAAAAAACCCACUCAAAAUUUUUUUUUUUCCACGGUGCUGAAAGAAAUUUGUUUCGAUUUACUCACACGCAAUGAACAGUAAUUUUGUAAUAAAUAUACCUCCGCCAAGUAACAAAAUUGCGUUCCGAAUU